AUGUCUGAACUCGAAUUACUCGUGAAACUCUUCCCUCUAGAUCAUGAAUAUAAAUUUUCAGUUCAUGAAGUCACGUUCAAAACGCUACCGUCGACGUCGACCGUAAGUACGAAGAUUUCAACACAAAACGUCUCGGUACAAUCGCUCUGUGAAGGGCCAGAAGACGCAGAUCAUCCCAAGCCGGAAUUUGCUGGCCAGCGUGGAAACGGGCUCCGGUAUCGAUGGUACCACGCUUCGCAGAACAAUCUUGACUGGGCAGAGAGCUUGAUAAGCAAGCUGCUGCCAGCAUCAGAUGUGGCCAGAUUCCGCAGAAUGAUGUCAGAUCGGGAAGAAUCGAUUCGUCACGUGUCGCAGAUGACAAGAUCUAUACGGCUUGGAUGCGAGUCAAUUUGUCGCGAAGGUAUCUAUUCAGCUUCUUCUCACGCAGCUGGAUACAAUGUUCUUGAAGGGAAAUCUCGGCAUCAGAGCGCUCCCGGGACCGUAGCUCUUUUUAUGCCUUUCUUAGGGUGGGACGAUGCGUCUCAUCUCUGUGAGCGACACAAAGCUUUGGAAAUGCUUGUGUCAGAUGCUGUUCCACAAUCAGUGCAGGAAGCCUAUGCAUCCGUUACGACCCAUCCAAAGCGGCGGUUUAAAGCAGCUUCAGUAACCGCCUCUAAGCCUCUGCAGCUCCCCAGCACACUAGAUCAAUAUCAGUUUCCAUCAUCUGCGACGUCUUCAGGUUUUGCGAGGUCCUCAAAAAGACUGCAAGACCAAGCUGUUCCAAGAAGGACGAAACAUACGAUGACAGCCCCAAAAGCGCUGGUUGUCAAUCAAUUGUGGCUCUUUAGCAUCGGCAAUGACACUGUGAUUACUUUCUUCCCAGGUUGUGAGAAGCCAUUCGUCAGCGACAACAAGAACUACCCUCUUGAGGAGACGAUCAAGACGCGUCUUGCAGAAAUUGUGUCCCCAAUGGAGGCUUGUUCUGAUGUGCAUAGCUUAUGCACAUUAAUAAUCCAGGGAGCCGUGAAUCUAAUCACAGAAACAUCUCAGUCAAGAGGCUUUGAACUGAUUGAAUGCUACAGGAACUCCGUCUCUAGCUUAAGGCAAGAGUAUAUGCAAGCUCUUGCUACUUUCAGAGAUGAGGCACUCAACCAAAGCCCGAACUCGAGGUCAUUGAUAAAGGCCGACAGCACUUGGGCCAGGAUCUUUGAUGUGUCUACGAUGCUUGAUGAGAUUCUCGUUCUUCAGGAAGUCUACAAGACACAACUAAACGUUCUCGACACAUUCGGAACCACGAUAUGGGGUGAGAAUUGGAAAGAUCUGCUUUUCGACAGUUCUUCACACAGGCCCGGGCUUGCAAGACUGUUUGAGACCAGGGGCAAGAUCUCCGACUUUCUUUCUAACUUCAACACAUUGCAAGCAAGUUUGCUGCACAACAAGGCGGAUUGGCUCAAUCUUCUCGACCUGCAUGAAAAACGCGCUAGUCUCCAGGAGGCUCGAUCGGCAGUCAAGCAAGCCGAAGAAACUGGAAGGCAAACGGAAGCCUCUCUGGCCUUGGCUGAAUCUGCAGCGAAGCAGAACCGAGUUAUGAUGAUAUUCACAUUCAUGACUGUUAUCUUCGUUAGUAUGACACUGUCCUCGACUGUCAUUAUGCUGACUGGACCCGGCAAAUCAGCUUCCGCUUUCAUUCUUCACAUCGUUCUUCUCGAUGAGCGUUCGAGAGUUUUCUUCGGACCCUAA